UUUAGUGAUUGCACUGACAACUUGCGGUUGACAUGAAAUUCGUUGACUCCAAUAAAUUCUAAAUGGGCAUGUUUUUGCAAAAAUUCCUCGCAAUCCCUCCUAAAUUUACAAGUAAAGUUCUGUAAAAAAUCCUUAAUUCGCAUCUGAAGACGAUAUGAGGCCACACCAGAUUGCCUUACAUAGGAAGAAGGUGUGGAAGAAGAUGUCUUCAUUCGACAGAUGCCUCUACUAUGUCAAGCCGUUUCUAAUCCACUUUGGUGAAGUCUGGAUGCAACCACUCCCAUUUCCAACCCUCUUCAAAAUUGUCUACUCCGUCUUCCUGCUGGCCGUCACCUGUUUGCCGCUGAUCUAUCCAUCGUUUAUUUUAAUACUUUAUUGGGGAAUUUUUCAAUAUCUGAUGGAAAGACACACGGCAGUAAAGCUUCCAAAAAAGGUGGACCUAAUUGGAACAGUGACCGAAAUUUUCACCACUGAACCCGAGGGAAUUUACAAGCUGGGCGUGAAAUUCCAUUUCGAUCGAGUUAUCGUUUUAAGCUCAUCAUUUAUCUCAGCCAUUGAUUACAUACGAAUUGUAAUGAAUGUUUUAAAUUAGCGCAAUUCCAAUUUAUGCAAAACAUUUAAAGUGCUGACAAUAUGUGAUAAUGAAAGUUCACU